UAAUAUACGUCACCGUCUGUUUUAGUGGGGUGUCGCUUGGUAACAGUGCACGGCGUCACUCAUUUCAGAAGUAACUUUAAUUUUCGAUGUUAUUGCGUUUUUUAUCGCAGCCUUGUCGACAUGUAUUUAAUGAAUGAUCAUUUGACUCAAUGGAUAAAAUCUUAAACGUCUUCCCAGGCUCUUGGAUAGAAUGGCUAAGGUGCUGGCUCUCCUAGUUGUCCUACUUUUUUGUUGGGCCGAGAGCAAAAAUCUUGUUUUCCAGCCGUCGUUCAUCUUUGCUGCUGGACCGAGAAUCACAACAUUUCUACUUGGAAACAUAACAGACGUCUCUCUGAAUGUGCGCCCCGUAUUUCCAUCCAACGUAACAGGAACCGUUGAUCCUCCAUCGUGUGUAACCGAGGAAACACAGUGGAUUGUUACAAAGGAACUAUUUGGAUUGAAUGCGCUGCGAGUUCAUUUGCACCUGAAUAAAAGUCUGCACUUGUGCGGCGAAAACGAAACAGACUGCUGUCCAAAGCCGCUGUGUGUCCUGGAGAGCCUGCAGGUAUCUGCCUGUGUGGGGAACACAGUUCAGGCGUCGUUGCUGAUCCAGGCCCAGAUUUAUGCGCACUUGAUUUCUACUAAUCCCGGAUCUGAUCGUGGAACAGUCAUCCCAAACCAAGUUUACGAACCUCUGGGCUCGUGUCCUUGUGACCUCACUUCCGGAGCAUGUGAUAUUCGCUGUUGCUGUGACAAGGACUGCUCGACUGAAGAACUGAAGCUGUUUCAGGCUCACUGCCACAAAGGACCCUUUGGUGGGGAGCCCCCCCCAGCUCCAGACUACCACUGUUCUGCACAGAGCGAGGACUCCCCAGAUUGGUUUCCCUUUCUGUGUGUCGUCUCGCCACUUGAAAACAACCCAUACCUGGGGCUCUUUUACCACGGAGACACAAUAAAACCAAAACCUCGCCCUUCCUUCCAAAUGCCCAUUUUGUCCGCACCGGUUUUUAAUAUUUAUCGACAAGGAAAUCCAAUUUUUACUUUGGACGAUCAGUUGUUCACUAUUCCACAGAUGGCCAUUGGACAUUGUGUAUACAAUGCUCCUGUUGCCUUUUUGGAGAAUUUCAGUUUUAAAUGUGUGAACCUGCUGAGGUCUUGUCCGACUACUUUCCCUUUACAAACAUUUCCAUCGGACUUGAGCAUGAAAGUGAACAAUGGGCAAGGGGGUGAUGUCACAGUAGAAGUAAGAGAUGAAACAGUUGAGGAUUUGAAAGAUUUCCUAUCAAAUGCAGUUGUUCGUUCAGACCAGGUGGAAGAGUGUGAGAGCGUGACCUUGGCUUUGGAUUACACAUUCUACUGGAAGGGAAAUCAAAUCACCGAAAUCGUCCUGACACGCUCCGUCGGGACAUUCACUUUUAAAGGACGUGUGGCGUUAACGACGAGAUAUUCCGCUGAGUUCCUGACUGGAGAAGAUACGAGUGAGUCUGACUUAAAGAAUCCAGCAUCUGGGAUGAGAGGUUAUCAGGUGGGAAGGCCCGUCAUUGCCGGAAUCGAGAGCACACAAACGAAUGCUUUCUCAGUGCAGAGGACAUCAAUCAAUCUCUGGAAACCAGUGCAUGAUGGGCUGUGCUUGACCGCUAAGAAACAACCGCUGCUGUUCGCUGAGAAUUCAACGUCAGGGUGUCAUUUACUUGUCAGCCUGCAAAACCUGACCCAGUGUGAUCUCCUCAGAGACACCGUUGCUUCUCUACAGGCAGACUUGAUCACGGCCACGUAUGUCGGAAACACUGGAAACCCAAAUUCUGAAAGCGAAGCAGACUGGGUCAAAAUAAGAUUUUUGAACUCAAGCAAUUCAUCGGGAGACGCUAAUGGUUCAUGCAGCGGGAUUCCAGCCCAUAUCCAUAUCCACUUUUGGAGUUAUGAGACUAGAAUGACUGAAGGAAAUGGCCAAAGGAAUAUCCAUGAUAUCAAAGUUUGGUCCACACUGUCCACUUGGACAUUAGACUGCGGAGGAGGUGAUGUAUCGCCAUGUGCAGAUCCCACAGAGGCCCAGUUGUUUCCGAUCACCUCGUCAGUUACUUUUAUUGACAUUCCCGCCCAUAGAGGACCUCCAAAAACCAGGUUUCAGAUUAACUUCACAGAGUACGAUUGUGACAGAAAUGAUGUAUGCUGGCCUCAGAUGUUUUUCCCCUUGACUAAGUAUUACACUGGGGAGCCCCAUUCUCAGUCUUUGGCCAAGGGCCUAAUCUUGGUCUUCUUUUUCCUCGCCGCAUCGGUUCUCGGGACUCCCUGGAGGCAACUCCGUCAAGCUUGGAACGGUUCCUUUCUGUAAUGGAGGAUCACCAAAGAGACACAUGUGUGACAUAGUUGUAUAUUUUGAAAAACAAAUAGUUAUUACCCCUGGGGGGUAGGUUCCACGCUCAAACAAUCGCCUGUCGACAUGCACCGAUGGAGAGAUGUCACCCAGUUCUCAAGCAACCUGCCCCAUUUCCCUACUUGGACUGCCAACUCCUUACAACUAUGAUGGUUCGUGUUUAUAUUGUUUAUAGUGGUUUGUGCAACAGUUUUUAAAUUUUUAUUUAUUAUCAAGGUAAUCGUGGUUUAAUAUGAUUUUUUUUGGACCCUUUGACAUAGGGUACCAUGUUAUGUUGUUGUUGUUAGUGCGUAAAAAAAACAAACACACAAGUUACCACAUUUUUAAAUAAAUAUAGCACACAGUAGUCACACAGCCAGGCUAAUCGUCGUAGUCACUGUUAGCAUGGAUAACACCAUUACAGACAAGACAAGCCAUUAUAUGACUAUAAUUAUUAAUGAUUACUAUUCAGAUAGUGGUGUAAUGCACAGACAAUAGGGUUGACAUCAUCCAAAAGGGAAGGUAUAUUUUUUGCCUUUUCAGAUAAAAUUAGGUCAGGGUGUACCUCGCCCCCCCGCCCUCCCGCGGCCCUUUUGAGGAUAAGCAGCUCAGGUAAUGGAUGAAUGGUGUUUAAAACAUUUAAUAGGGGUCUCUAUGUAAAAAUAAAGACAAAACCAUCACA